CAAGCAACAUUUUUAUUUCUUAGCACAAAGUCUUCGUCAAUGACUACUCACAAUUACAGAUCAGAAACCCUCCACGGUCUUGAUUUAUCACGGCUUGGUUUUUGAGACAAUAUAUAUAUUAAACAGGAAAUUUCAGAAUUCAUUAGAGAGCGAUGGAUCCUGAUCAUUUUGAUAAUCAAGAGACGGUAUGGGAAUGGGGGUGGGAGAGGUGCAUCCAGGAACCCACUGGAGAUACCUCCUUCUUGGAUGCAGCAAAGCCAACGCCAAAGGCACAACUUGAUAACAUGGCUGCCGGAUCAAGUACCAUAUCAGUACCCAAAACAGAGGAUCGACGCGACAGGAAGAAAGGUUACGACAAAGCAUAUCGCGAUCGUUGUAGGGAAGGCAAGAAAAGACAGGAGGAUGAAUUGAAGAUGCAAGCGGUAGAAAAUGCACGCUUGAAGGAUGAAAAUGAAUCCCUGGUGAAGGAAAAAGAUACCAUAUUGAGUCCAAAGCUGGAAUUAGCAGCAAAUGUGAUAGAUCAACUUAAAAGUGAAAAUCACGACUUGAAACGUAUUAGUGACCACCAAAUAAUUCGUCUGGAUGCAUUAACAGAAAAAAUUUCAAGCCACGGUGAACUUGAAAGCCUCCGUGAUGAAGUUGCACGAUUGAGAGAAAACGUCAAUGUCCAGGAUCCCAGGAUGCAAGAAAAGAAACAGCUCUUGGAAGAGCAUCUGAGGUUAGCAAACGAAAACAGACUGCUGGAAUUGCAAAAUGAGUUUUAUUGCAGGAUGAUACAAAAUGAGAGGCACCCUGGAAAUUAAGGAUGAAGCUGAGUAAGCUUUAUUGCAGGAGUGCCACAUAAAGCAGCGGGUUGCGCGACCGCUAUAAUUAGAUGCCGAUCGUACUAUAUAGAUUAUCUUGAUAGCGCUCCUGUGCCUUCCAAGUCAGUACUUCACCUGCAAACUCUCUAUUAAUAUUUGACCACCCUUCGACGAAUAAGGAAAAAGAGGAAGAAGAUGGCUUUAUUGCGGCAGAACAAUCAAAGGUCUUCCGUGUUGGUGUUGUGUUUGCCGGCGAAUAAAACGCUGGCGCCUGCUUCAAUUUGUCACGCUUGUUUUAUCUAUGUAUGUGUCAACUCUCAAGAUUAAUUUUUCUAUAAAUCGCCUCCUCUAUUGAUUAA